GUCUGCUAGGUUCAACUCGGGAAGCGAGUAAUCAAAACACGUUUUACCAACUUCACAGAGGUCAUCUUGCACUGUGUUUUUAAAAGAUGACGCAAAUUAUAAUGUGAUACACGUAACAUUUUGUGGUGUUCUUCUUACGAUAAAUUACUGGUACAUCAAGGGAUAAACAUUCAAAAUUUAGCCAUAAUAAAAACUAAAGAUGUCUGUUCCAUUGAAAGAAGACAGACGGAAAUGCUGGGAUGCGAGGGACAUCUACUUCAAGUGUCUGGAGGAAAACAAUGAAGACAAGACAAAGUGUCAGAAAUACCGGGCACAAUUUGAAACGUCGUGUUCCAGUACUUGGGUGAAGUAUUUUGACAGAAGACGAGACUAUUUAAAGUAUUCGGAAAAACUGGAGGCUGGAUUCGAUCCUGUGAACCCACCCAAGACCUAGCACUUUUUGUAUCCUGAACGUUUUUGUGUCUGUGAAAAGCGGUUCAUCAUUGCAGAUAUUUUUCCAUGUUAUGUUUGACCUUUUAACAGAAAUGUGUAAGAAUCUGACAGUGUAUGUGAUGUCCUGUGUUGUGUAUAGGUGCAGCCUGUAAACAUUAGGUUAUUCUAAAGCAAGCUGUGCCUUAUAUAUGACAGAAUUUAAUAUUAAUCCAUUACAGAAAAAUAGUUUUAUAGCUUUUUAAGCAACAAUAUUUAUCUAGAAUGUUAUUUUUUGAAAUAUAGAGAUGCUUCAAAAUAUGGGGUACAACUUCAUGUCAUAUAACUUGGGUUCCUUUUGACACAGGCAUCAAAAUUAAGUAUAGUUUACCAUAAAUUAAACAUUUAUGGAGUUUAAAUUUCCGUUAUCAUUUCUUCACAAGCACACAAAUCAUUUUUAUUCAUUCAUAUCGCUGUUCUGAUUGUACUGGUACUUGUGUGCGUAAUUGAUAUUUAAAUGGCACACAAUUAAUUUAUUGAAAUUUAGGUGGUGAUGUAUUUAUAUAUAAAAAAUUGUGCAGAACAAAAUAUUUUUAUUAUUCUCAAUUUUUUUGUGUCAGAUGGUGACCCAAGUUGCUCUUCUCGACUUAUGCCUGUGACAAAAGACACAAUAAUUUUCACGACUUAAGAUGGGUUUUUUUAUAAUUAAUUACCCCAUGACUGGUAGGCCUAUCAGAUACGUGAUACUAGUUUUAAAAUAAAAGCUGAAUUUGCUAUACUACACAAAGGUUAAUUUUCAGUAUUUUGGAUCAAAUCCAAUCUUAUUUUGUAAAAAUCAUUUUACACCAAAAAACUUAAAUCAAAUAAAAGCUGAAAAAUCACAUCCUGUAGUAUGUACUAUCCUGUUUGUGGGAAAAUGCAUAUAAAAGACCCCUUGCUACUAAUGGAAAAAUGUAGCAGGUUUCCUCUGAUGACUAUGAGUAAGAAUUACCAAAUGUUUGACAUCCAAUAACCGAUGAUUAAUUAAUCAAUGUGAUCUAGUGGUGUCAUAAAAACAGAACAAACUUUUAACUUGGUUUGCGACGAUGCUUUCUAUAAAAAAGUCCUCUUGCUGCAUUUAAGGAAUGUGGCCGAGUUCACUUUAAAGAAUAAAGCAUGUUAGACCCCAAAUAACUACUUUAAAAUGUAUGUUUUGCUGUUUUUAAGGUAGAAGAGUUUGCGUUAUGUGAUGCAAUAUGUAUGUUUUCCACACUUGUCAGUGCAGAUUUGUGUAUUAGUAGUGUGUAUGGGUGUUCAGUCUUCAAACAAAUAAAAAUUACAUUAUGUAAAGUUAGCGUACAUGUACUUGUAUGCAUUAAAAUGUGUUUUUAUA